AUGUAUGUGAAGUUAAUUUCUUCAGAUGGCCAUGAAUUCAUUGUGAAACGAGAACAUGCUCUGACCUCUGGAACUAUCAAAGCUAUGCUGAGUGGACCAGGGCAGUUUGCAGAGAACGAAACCAAUGAAGUGAACUUCAGAGAGAUCCCAUCUCAUGUCCUCUCUAAAGUCUGCAUGUACUUUACCUACAAGGGGGUUUCCAUCAUGGCGUCGAUGCAGAAACGGUUACAAAAAGAAUUACUAGCCCUGCAAAAUGAUCCACCCCCAGGAAUGACGCUCAACGAAAAAAGUGUCCAAAACACAAUAACACAGUGGAUUGUGGAUAUGGAGGGAGCCCCUGGCACUCUGUACGAAGGAGAGAAAUUUCAGCUGCUUUUUAAAUUUAGUAGUCGUUACCCUUUUGAUUCACCUCAGGUAAUGUUCACGGGAGAGAAUGUACCUGUCCAUCCUCAUGUGUAUAGCAACGGCCACAUUUGUUUAUCUAUUCUAACGGAGGAUUGGUCACCAGCCCUCUCAGUGCAAUCUGUUUGUCUUAGCAUUAUCAGCAUGUUGUCAAGCUGCAAAGAGAAGAGACGACCCCCAGAUAAUUCAUUUUAUGUAAGAACGUGCAACAAAAAUCCAAAGAAGACAAAAUGGUGGUAUCAUGAUGAUACAUGCUAA